AUGGUGCAAGAUGGCGACAACGAUGGUGACGACGACCAGGAGAUGACAUUGAACUACCAUGGCCACACGACAGAGGAAACCCCCGUAGCGUGUCAUGAGCUUUGGAAGGAAAUCUUCACUGGUCUUCUUCACGGUCACAACAGUUCUCGCUCGCAAGGUAUUCCACUGUUUUAUUCUACAAUUCUUAGCACCGCCAGAUGUCCACACCUAGCAGUUUAUCCGUGUUUGUUUAUAGCAAACAUGAAUGGUUCCAAAUCUAAACCAUCCAAAACGUCCGAUUCUCUAACAGCCGAAAAACUGCAGCGAAUCAUCAAAAACGUACGAAAUGCGUCCAAAGUUCUCACCUCACCCGCUGACACCUACGAUGGGUGUCACAAAAAGUUUGACAGUGACGCUGAUAGCUGGUACUCGAACACAGCCCAAUUAAAAAUAUCCCACCGAAAGCUGACGGCACAUGAGAUUGAUGAUUUAAUGAAAAGGCUCCCAACGACGGCUCAGCCACCUUCCGGUGCUUCUCCCCAUCCACCAUCGUCAUCCACUUCUUCGGACAGUGAAAAGCAACAGGUGGAGCAGCAGGAAGCGACCGAACCAUCCACUACAGAGGAUCAACUGCUGAAUGCUGCAGAAUCGGAUAUUUCUUUUACCACAGAACAUUCAGCGUUCGAACUCUCUGCUGACGUAGAGGACAAUUUGGCAUAUUCCGGUGAAUCGUUGCUGUCCUUCAACGACGACGAUCGGCAAACCUACGCUCAAUCACAUUCCUUCUCCUACUCAGGACUGCCUGCAGCAAAUAGGGCCGCUUCGGUGACAUUAUUCGCUUUCCAAGCGAUUGAACUAACUGCGUCGGAAGAGUGCGACGAAAGUUAUGGCGAAACUUCACGAUCCGACGUCGAUAGGCCAAUUAUGCAAGUUAAAGUGCGUCCCCUGGCAGCGUCACAUUCCAUCCGGUGCAGCCUGCAACAGCAGCAGCAGCAGCAGCAGCAGCAACAACAAUCUGACGAUGAGUCGCCGCUGAUUGAUUUCCGACAAAUUGAGCGUAACACAAAGGCGAGUUGGAGGAGAAGCAAGCAGCGAUAA